UUUAAUAAAGUUUUGACAUUCAAAAUCCAGUGAAAACAUGGCGGCGCCCAUGAAAUGGAAAAGACUUGUGUUCUCUGCAUAUACUCCUGCAUUGUCCUGGGUUUUCACGAGAUUAACAGACCGCUUUUUCAGGACACAUGAUCGGAGGAGAGGGUCUGCUGUGCUGCUCUUGGCCCCUCUCCUGGCAGAGGCGGACUCAGCCCCCCUGGCCUCCUCCAGACCUCCAGGCUUCACUGGUGUCGAGGGCCUCCUCUCUCGCUUCCACUGGAUGGCUAAUCAUGUACCUGCUUUCAGGGUCCCUGGGGGCCACAUACACAUCCUUCACUCACCUGAUGAGUUUUAUCAGGCUAUGAAGGCUCGUAUCAAGACAGCCAAAAAUCGUGUGGUGAUGGCAUCACUGUAUCUGGGUACAGGACCAUUAGAGCAAGACCUGGUUGAUUGCAUGGAAGAGGCAUUAGAGCGCUCACAGGAAGAUCAUGCACCUGAUCUGAAAGUGUCUUUUCUGCUGGAUUAUACCAGAGGCUCAAGAGGUAAGCACAAUUCCCGUACAAUGUUACUGCCGCUGCUCCAGCGUUUCCCCAAGCAGAUGAGAGUGUCCCUGUACCACACACCAGACCUGCGGGGGCUGUUGCGUCUUCUGGUGCCCGAGCGCUUCAAUGAAACCAUCGGAGUGCAGCACAUCAAGGCAUACCUUUUUGACAACAGUCUUAUAAUUAGUGGGGCCAAUCUGAGCGACUCCUACUUCACCAAUCGUCAGGAUCGUUAUGUACUUCUGGAGGACUGCGGGGAGGUGGCAGAUUUUUUUGCUGAACUCGUGGGAGCCGUGGGCGAUGUGUCACUGCAGCUCCAGCCUGACGACAGUGUGCACAUGAUGGAGGGAAUGGUGCAUCCCUACAAAGGUAACAGAGCAGAUUUUUCUGCAUCGGCACAGAAACGGAUCAUGGAGGUGGUGAACACGGCCCGUGUCCGGCAGAGCAUGCUGGAGACGGAAUGCUCAGAGGGUCCAGACUCAGAUGAGAUGGUGCCAAAUGACACCUGGAUCUUUCCACUCGUGCAAAUGAAGCCUCUGGGCAUUUUCUUGGAUGAACAAAUAACCAAACAACUACUCAUAGAAGCUGGUGGUGACUCUAUCGUCUACCUGACAUCGGGUUACUUCAACCUGACACGCACCUACAUGCAGAUAGUACUGGGUGCAGCAGCAGACUACCGUAUCCUCAUGGCCUCCCCUGAGGUUAAUGGCUUUUUUGGAGCUAAAGGAGUAGCUGGAGCAAUUCCUGAGGCAUACGUUCAUCUCGCCCGACAGUUCUACAAUAAGGUAUGUCAGCUUGGUCAGCAGAGCCGUGUCCACUUGCAUGAAUACCAUCGCCCCGAUUGGACAUUUCAUGCCAAAGGUCUGUGGUACUAUGUGGGAGGAAGAGACCGCCCCUGCCUCACUCUUAUUGGCUCCCCAAAUUUCGGCUAUCGCUCUGUGCACAGGGAUCUGGAGGCUCAGAUUGCCAUAGUAACAGAGAAUGAGGAACUCCAGAUGCAACUUCAACAGGAGCAGGAAGUGUUGUACCAGAGCUCGACACAAGUGUCAAACUCCACUUUCAAUCAGCCGGACCGCCAUGUAAAGUUGUGGGUGAAACUGGUUACUCCACUCAUCAAGAACUUCUUCUGAGUUCAACAGCUGAUAGAUAUCUCACUGUCUGUGACAGAUGGAGUUGGGAAUACAUAUGUGUGAUUUGUACAUGAAGCGUUUGCAAAUAUCGAUGCUUUCUUGGAUACAGAUGGUUUUGAAGAUGACUGGCAUUGUGGACCUCAGCAAGCAUCCCAGCCAGUUCUAGUGAUGACCACUCAAAUAAUCUGCUGUGUGUUAUGAUAUUUAAUAACAUUCAUUCUGCUCUAGCAACCACAUUAUUAGGAGAAAAUGCAUGUAAAACCAGAACAAAUGAUUUACUCCCAGUGUGAUGGAUAUGUACUGUACAUAUGGCAGAUAUGAACGUUUGGCCAUCAGUUUGAUGUGUAUCUAACAUUUAUAUGUACAUAUUUUAGUUAAUUUAAUUUUUUUUUCUGUAAACGUUUGUAUUUUGUCAAUUUUAAUAAGAUGCUGUUUAACAAAAAACCUUUCCAUUUCUACUUCCUUUCCGUUGUUUAUUUUUACUACGUUAUUUUGGCUGAAAAUAGCAGUAGUUCAGUAAUAUUGAUUUCAUUAAUAAGGUCAAUAAGUUGAUCUUGGGAAUGCAAAGAGAUGCAGUUUGAUUCAUACACAUUUCAGCAACCCUUAGUUACCUCAGAUGAAAAUAUCCAUAUUUCUCAAACUGUUCAACAUCUACUACCUGAAACCAGUGCAAACCAUCAAGGCUGAGUGCCUUAAAAAUAAAAAUUAAUUUAUCAUUCAUUUACCUGCAUACUCAUGACUUUCCCAAUCUGUAUGAACGCAAAAUGACAACGUUCAAUAUUGAUGUAUUAAGAGAGAUUUUAGUAUUCCACUCAAGAAAGUCAUUUAGGUUUUAAAUGACAUGAGAUGCAAGUAUCUUAAGUUCAUUUUUAAGUGAACUACCGGUUUAACUCUCCAAUGCUCACUAGUUAUACCCGAUUACUGAUACUGGGAAUAUUACUACAGAAGAUGUUUUAGGAGAGCUUCAAAUCCUGACCAGGCUUUAAUAUUUACACAAACCUUUACACGAUAAGCAUGGGAUGGAUUUGCGCACCUUUGCAUUCAUUUGUAGCAUUUUCAGGGUUACUUGUUUAAAGGGAAUAAUGCAGUAUUUUUUCAGAGUUGGUUUGCGAAGUUGUAUUAAUCUUGGUUCCAAUAUGCAUGAAGCAAGUGCGUUUGCUUGUUAGGUUCAUUAACUUAUUGAGACCAGAUGAUUUUUUUUCUUUUUACUGGAUUUAAAUGCUAGUUUGGGAGCGACUAGAAACAUGUUUUUGAACGGUCCCAUCUCUUACAGACAGAUGCUACCUGAGUAAGAUGAGGCCUUAAAGCCACGUUAUCCAACGCACAAGAACUUGGACAAAAACAUUCUGUACUAUAUGAAGGCACAGUGUUUUUGGUCACUGUAUAAAUUGUUUUUAAGAAUAAAAGGCUUAAACAGUCA